CUGGGAACAUUGAAUUCUUUGAUUCUCUUCAACGGAAGGUGAUGAACUUUAUAACAAGGAAAUUCAAAUGCAAGAGGAUCGUCGUCUUCUCUCUACUCAGUGUCACCCAAUCUGCUUCUCGAUUCAGCACCGCCGCGGUUGCAUCCGAUGGCCCACAAAUAUUAGAGCCUUUUUCAUCUGGCAUCAUUCAAGAUAAGGACCUUCUUGUUAAGAGUUUGCAUCCCUCGGGGACUGGGCUUCAUGUCCUUGACCUCCUCGAUGAAGGUUCUUUGGAACCCAAUCCAACACUCUAUCAUGUCUUGCUCAAGAAAUGCACAUUUUUGAGAAAGCCCAAGCUCGGGAAAAUCGUUCACGCCCACAUUUUGAACUCCCCUUUCCGAGCUGAUGCUAUUAUACUCAAUACGCUGUUGAAUAUGUAUGCAAAGUGUGGUUGUUUGGAAGAUGCUCGUAGUUUGUUUGACGAAAUGCCUGUUAGAAACAUGGUUACCUGGACUACCUUGAUCACUGCUUAUUCUCAGCAUGAUCGUCCUUUCGAUGCUAUCCUUUUGUUUCCUCAAAUGCUUUCCCUGGGUUUGUUUCCCAAUGAGUUCACCUUGUCUAGCCUUUUGAAGGCUUCGGCUGCGCUUUCGGAAGUAACCCGAAUCUACUUCCAUGGUACUCAACUUCAUGGGUUCAGUUUCAAGUGUGGUUUCCAUUCCAAUGUUUACGUUGGCAGCUCGCUCUUGGACAUGUAUGCUCGGUGUGGUUGCAUGGAUGAGUCCCAUUUUCUCUUUGAUGUGCUAACUACGAAGAACGAGGUCUCGUGGAAUGCUUUGAUCGCCGGUCACGCAAGGAAAGGCCAAGUUGAUCAUGCUCUUUGUCUCUUUUUGAAAAUGCUUAGGCAUGAUUUUCAACCCACUCAUUUCACCUUCUCCAGCAUUUUUGGUGCAUGUGCCUACACUGGGUCAUUAGAACAGGGCAAAUGGGUUCAUGCCCAUAUGAUCAAAUCCGGUGGAGAGAUCAUUGCUUUUAUGGGCAACACACUCCUUCACAUGUAUGCUAAAUCUGGUAGCAUCCAAGACGCUAAAAUGAUCUUUGACAGGUUGACAAAGCGUGAUUUGGUGUCUUGGAACUCCAUGCUCACUGCUUAUGCCCAACAUGGACUAGGCAAGGAAGCGUUGCAAUUCUUUCAAGAGAUACUGACAGUCGGACUCGCUCCAAACGAUAUAACGUUUCUUUGCCUUCUCACUGCUUGCAGUCGUGCUGGCCUUUUGGACGAAGGGAGAUACUAUUUCAAGCUGAUGAGGAAAUACAACAUUGAACCAGGGAUUUCACAUUAUGUUACCAUUGUAGAUCUUCUCGGUCGAGCCGGUCUUCUUGAUGAAGCCAAGAGGUUCAUAAAUGAAAUUCCGAUCCAACCCACAGCUGCUGUUUGGGGAGCCUUGCUCGGUGCGUGUAGGAUGCAUAAGAACAUGGAAAUGGGCAGUUUCGCUGCUGAACGUGUUUUCGAGCUCGAUCCUUCCGAUUCGGGACCCCAUGUCUUGCUCUCCAAUAUCUAUGCUUCUGGUGAUAGAUGGAGAGAUGCUGCUAAGGUGAGAAAACUGAUGAAAGAUAGUGGGGUAAAGAAGGAGCCUGCUUGCAGUUGGGUUGAAAUUCAGAAUACAGUCCAUAUGUUUGUGGCAAAUGAUGACUCCCACCUACAGAUGGAAGCAAUCCAUAAGAAGUGGGAGGAAAUUAGCACAAGAAUCAAGGAGAUCGGAUAUGUCCCCGACACGAGCCACGUUCUUUUCUACAUGGAUCAUCAAGAGAGGGAAGUUAAGUUGCAGUACCAUAGCGAGAAGCUCGCAUUGGCAUUUGCACUCCUCAACUCUCCUCCCGGAUCCACAAUUCGUAUCAAGAAGAAUAUCAGAGUGUGCGGCGACUGCCACUCGGCAUUUAAAUUUGCAUCCCGAGUUGUUAAAAGAGAAAUCAUCGUAAGAGAUACCAAUCGGUUCCAUCAUUUCUAUGAUGGGUCUUGUUCUUGCGGAGACUACUGGUAAUGCCUGUGAUGAUUGAAUUUAUUGACAUUCUAUUCAUGUAGCGUUUUC